GCUGCCGGUGUCGGGUCGCCGGCAGAGCGGCCCCGCUCCUCUGCAGGGCUGCAGGGCUGCGCAGCUCCUGACUGACAGAGAGAUGAGGGGUGGGGACGCAGGGUGGGGUCACAAGCAGGGAGAGGCGGAGGAGGAAAAGGCAGAGAGAGAGAGCCCAGCCCUUGAAUACACGGCAACAACACGCCGACAGAGAGAGAGAGGGAGAGACACAGAGAGACUGGCUGUUUUUUUUUUUUGUUUUUUUGGGGGGGUAAAAGCACAGGGAGCCUUCGACGCCGCGGAUAUGAACUGAAAAGAAACACUGGAAGAGGCAGGGAUCGUGUUCCUAUAUCCCGAAAUAUUUGACUGUAAAGGUGGAAAACUAGCACCCCCAAAAAAGCCCUCCUCUCUCUCCCUGACAGUUCUGAUUCAGAUAGAGCUACACCCAAAGCCCCGACCGACCCCCUCCUGCUCCUGCUGCUCCACCCCUCCGCCGCUGCACCGCUCCGGCAACCGAGAUGCACACGGAGACCCGUAACAAGAAAUGCCAGUCAACUCCAAAGCAGAAGAAGAGUGCGGUCAGUGCCCGGAAGAGGCUGAGGAGCCCGGCCAAGCAGAGCUCCUUGACCCAGCAAGAACCGCCACCUUCCUCAUCACCUCUGCCGCCCACAGUCGAGGAAGAGGAGGAGAAGAAAGAAGAGCCCGCGACCAGGCCACGGCCAACGCAGGGAGAAGAGGAGGAGCUGAAGGAAGUGGCGACACAGUCUGUGAGGGUGAAAGAGGAAGAAAAGAAAGCAGAGGAGGAGGGCGAGAAAGACAUGCCCUCUGUACAGAUCAAACCAGAGCCAGAGGAGAUGGAGUGCACGCAGGCAGAUAUAGGUGAUGACGGCUCACAGCCAAAAGACCUGAAGGUGAAGAAGGAGUGCAAGACGGAGCCCUCCUCGCCUCAUCCGAGCCCCACCGAGGACCAGACUGAGCCCGUUGACCUUUCGCUCAACAAACCUCGCUCCGCUUCGACAACGAGCACCACAGUCAACCCGGCUCCCAGCAGCGCCGUGACCCAGCCCAGCCUGUCAGCCACACCUGUCCCCUCUGCGGUACAAUCGAUAGGCUCCAUGGUCCUCUCUCCGGGAUCCAUCUUAGCCACGCAGGGCGCUGGAGGCCAGCAGAUUCUCCACGUUAUCCAUACAAUCCCCUCAGUGACCAUGCCCAGCAAGGUGGGUCAGCUGCAGACCAUCCCUGUGGUGGUGCAGUCGCUGCCUGUUGUCUACACCACCAUGCCUACUGACGGUGUCGCCACAGCAGCCAUUACGGUGCCGCUGAUAGGCAGUGAUGGGCGCUCUGAAGGAUCUGUUCGGAUCAAGCCAGGUUCAACAUCUCCAGUGGAAUAUCAAAGUGAAAGCGAUGCAGAGAGCGGUACAGAGUCUGGAUCGGCCUCCAUCAGCGCCCAGAGCCUUGAUGCGGGGUCGGUUAUGGACUUGGAGCCGGUCGAUCCAGAUUCGCCAGACGUCAAGAGGCGGCGGAUCCACAUGUGCGACUACGAAGGCUGCAAAAAAGUUUACACCAAGAGCUCCCACCUCAAAGCCCACAGGAGGAUACACACAGGAGAGAAGCCCUACCACUGUACCUGGGAAGGCUGCACCUGGCGCUUCGCCCGCUCCGACGAGCUGACCCGACACUUUCGCAAGCACACCGGAAUCAAACCCUUCCGCUGCACCGAAUGCGACCGCUCCUUCUCCCGGUCUGACCACCUCUCCCUGCACCGCCGCCGCCACGUGAUGAUGUGACUUCCUUCCUUCCUCUCCCCCGACGCUCCCAGCUCCCUAUCAAACUGACCUCUGACCCUUUGAUUUCUCAAAAGCCCCUCACAGCACAUCUUGUACCAGUGCCCCCAA